UGUUCAUCUUGAGAAACUUUUUGUGUACAUUGUGGUCAGCUUUGGGCUCCCGGUGAGGAUUGCUAAGGGAUGUUCUUGUGUCAAUGCAAUGUUGUCGUUUAAAAGGUGUGUUGCAAUAUUUGUACAUUUUGGGACUUUUCUAACUCAUUUCAUGUAAAUGUGUAAAUAGUCCUCCUAUUAAUUCCAUUAUUCACGCAUUUGUUUAGUAUUAAAGCAAAGAACAUGGAGUUUCAGAGAGAAAAAAAAUACCUCAACUAAGAUGAUUGUACACCAAAGAGCUUCCUUUGUAACAGCAGUCAUGUCAUUACGUACUAAUUGUACUGUAGCCGUUUUCAUGCAUCACUGGAGCUUUACUUCUUUCUCAAAUGUUGUAUAUUUUUAUUGAAUUAUAUUUAUGAAGCUGUAUUUUUGGCAAAGAUUGGCGUGUAAAUACAUGUGGACCCCUUUGUUUUUCAUUCCGUAAAACCUACUUGAAUUUGCCAUAGUUGCAAUUUAAAAACAAACACAAAUGGCACGUGGCACAUAUACACGUGACAUGUCGUCCAGACAUUGUCUUCAGUAGACUGCAUUCAUGAAUAAACUAGAAUCAGGAAGUUUAGUAUUUUAGCACCUUUUUUCCUGAUUCAUUGAGAAGCAAAACUGAAAAGUGAACUAUAUUAAAUAAACAUGUCUUUUUCUGACAUUAGAAUGUGGAGAUCGGCUAAUUUCAAUUGAUAGAUUAUGUGCUCGCAGAGUAUCGAUGUUUCAUAAUUGCGUUUAUUUAGUUGGAACUGUAGUCGCGAGUAGAUUCUCUAGUUGUCAACUCAGUAGCAUAAAAGUAUUGAUUGUAUUUGCGUGUACACAGCCGUACAUAUACAAACUGUCCGAACUCCAAACAAGACUAGCUCUCUGCGUCAAGUUGGCUAGCUUUGCUUAAAGCAACACCGGAUGUGAAGCGGAACUAACCUUCAGAUUAAAAGUGUAUUUCGUUCCUCCUUCCUAAAAACGUGCGCUCACAGUAUUGUAUUUUGAAAGGAAAAUGCCGGAAAUUGUAGCUCCACCGUGUGAGUGGUUAAUGAGUCAAACACAGCAAAGCUGAGUGGCUCACUCCUCCACCAGAAGAAAACUCGCAACAACACACACACUUUUCUCCCAACAAUUAAUAACUUCAUAAACAUUAAAACCCUUUGACAUUUCAGAGGAAGAAAAAAACGUUCUUUUUCUUUAUGAAGAAUGGGCUGUGCAAUAUCCGGCUUGGCUGAAAGUGCGGACUUGGGGGAGAAGAGCGUUCAUCAGGAUGGUGUACAUCUCAGCCAAGAUGACAUUGACAUGAUCAAGGAGUCGUGGAAAGUUAUCAGAGACGACAUAGCCAAAGUGGGCAUCAUAGUGUUUGUCAGGCUCUUCGAGACCCACCCCGAAUGCAAGGAUGUCUUCUUCCUGUUCAGAGAUGUCAAAGACCUGGAGAGGCUGCGGACCAGUAACCAACUCAGAGCACACGGACUAAGGGUGAUGUCUUUUAUUGAGAAAAGUGUGGCCAGGCUAGACCAGCUGGAAAGACUGGAAGCUCUGGCAGUGGAGCUGGGGAAAAGCCAUUACCACUACAAUGCCCCCCCUAAAUACUACAGUUACGUUGGAGCAGAAUUCAUCAGUGCUGUGCAGCCCAUCCUCAAGGACAAUUGGACCACCGAGCUGGAGGAGGCGUGGAAGACUUUGUUCCAGUACGUGACCGGCUUGAUGAAGCAGGGCUACGAGGAGGAGUGUGAGCGACAGCACCAGGCAGCAGUCUCCCCAAAGGAGAGGGCAGACAAGAGGAACACAGCGCUUUGAGGGACCGUACAGUACAAAUAUUGAUGUACAUAAUGUGAAUACACAAAAGCAGUGGAGUGACUUUUAACACAGCACUUUAUUUGUCAACUUAAAUCCUGCUGCAAUCCCCCGACACAACGCACUGGCUGGGACUUAGGAUGCAUCAUCCGGAAAUCAAACAUGCCUUUCAGUACAUCUGCAACGUGUACAUAUACUGUAUGUUGUGCUAUUUAGCUCCAUAAAGAUAUCGGAUUCACGUUAUGAUGAACUGAAGCUUUCUUUUGACAAAAUAAGAUGGCCAAUGCGGCAGCUUCGUGUGGUCAUUAAAUGGGGGAAUAGUUGUACUAAAAAUUCAAAAAUUGGUUGAAAAAUUGGUAAAAAAAAAAAAAAAAACAACAAAAAUAAAAAAAGAUUUAUGUGUUUCUAAGCACCUCUUCUGAAAGUUCAAUACGUGUGUUUCUCAAGAGACAUGGCUUUUAAAAAAAACCUUUUUGACAAUUCUAAUUUGAACAUAAAUAGGAAAUAGGGAGCGUCGCCAUGAAAUAGACAAGAGGACAACAGACCGUAGGACUGCAUGGAUUGGGCACCAGCGAUGACGACUGCCGAGAGCGGUCAAUCUGUGCUAUACAACAAAUCCUCAUGGAUGGCACAAGAGUCGACGUAGAGGUGUUGUCAUGGCAAAGUAUGGAAGUGGUCGCUGGAAGGAUGUACACAGAUUCUGGCGGAAGGACCGAGGGGGGUCGUUUGGGUUGGGACGUGCCCCCAUCCUUUCAGCUGGACCAGGGUCAGU